CUUCCACAACACGACCCGCUGCCGCCGAGGCAAGGAGGAAAGAGAUUGGUGAUGGCGGCCGUGGGAUGCUCCAAGGCGAUCGGCGAGUUCACCCGGAGGAACAUCCCGACUUCGAGCCGGCGACUCUCCCAACGACGGACACCGGCGCGGCUUAUGGUCUUGUGGUGGAUUCCCUUGCCACUAGGGUGUUCACGGUUGGGGGAUAAAAAGGGGCGGUGGAGCCAGGGGAGCGCCGCCCCGACGGCGAGCCACCGUCGAGCCCCGCGGCGCCUGCACAUACCCACACUCCCAAGCCACCGCGCUGAGCCGGCAGCGCACUGCGCCUUGCCCCCGCGUCACGUGCCCUCCGAAUCGUAGUCGUCCUCUCCAGCGCUGCCACGUCUCGUCCUUGGAACUCCGGCACGGCAGCGUACGGCUCCUCCACGUCUCCAACGACCCGACCACCGCAACGUGUGAAAAUUGAAGAAAGUGUUGACAAGAUCGUGGUGAUUUGAAACGUUUAUGGGAUAGAGCUUCAAAGGUUGUGGUCAGGGUCUGUACAUGCUUUGUUGCCUUGCUCUCCCUAUUCCCCUCCGGCAGUAGAUCCUGGAGCAGCUAUGGUUCUCUCCUAGGUUGCCCCUCUCUUAGCUCUCUACGACUAUACAUUCGUCUUCUUUUUAAAAAUUUCUCUGCAAUCCCCUCUUCUGGCCAACGAUUCUAUUGUGUUCGAGCUGUAAUUUAUUAUGUCUCCCCCGUCUUCAUUUUGUGCAGGCAGUGUUCAUCCUGGUUCCAAUCUAUUUCUUCAAGCAAAUCUUUGAGGCUGGGAGGGACGGCACACAAGCUUCCGAGCUUCAAGAUUCUCACUAGACACACGCCUUUGUGUUUCUAGCAUCUCUUUGCGGCCUUCAUUUGCUGCAUUCUGAGCAUCUACAAACUUGGUAAGCUCAACUUCAAGAUCUACAAUACAAUCCUGAUCCUUUAUUUUGCGUUUUCGCUGCUCCUUAGCUUGCUUGCCACCUGGUGGCCGUUCAUCACGAGCAUCAUCUAGAGUGAAAUGCUGCCCCACUUCAUCAUCAACACUAAACUUCCUCUUGUCCAGCUCUAGAUCUUCUAGGCGUUCCAAAUAGGCAUCCCAUUUUGGUUCCUUUUUGAGAAACUCCCAACAAUGCUCAAACAUAAAUGGACCAUCUUCUUUAUGGUCUGUCUCAUAAGUUCUCAUUGCCCUCUCCUUUAAAUCCACAUCAGACUCACCACUGGCAUACAAAGCAUUAGCCUCCUUCCAGCUCGCACAAAACCAUGCAACCCUUUUCUUAACUCUCGCAAAGCGAUCCUUCACUUGCUUGACUAGCCUUGCCCUGUUUUUUGGGGUGGUACUGUUGUAAACAGCAGCAACAUCUUUCCAAUACUGGUCGUUCUUCUUGUAAUUUGAUUGGAUUGGAUCAUUUGAAUUAUUCAACCAAGCACUAACCUAUAAUAUUAUAAAGAGUUUAUUGUUGUGCUAGUAAUUUAAUACAUGGAGCCAGCAUGCAAAGAAACAAGCUUACCAAUCUACGAUCCUACUCUUUUGUCCACAACAAGCGUUUCUCAGUCCUUGGACAGUUGCCACCAUUGUUGUCAUCGCCAACAUUGAUUGGCUGUUGUGGAGUCCCAUUGCUAAUGGCUUGUGCUUGGCUUGAUGUGUUCUGAAAGAGACUAAGGAAGCCACCGGGCGGGUAAGAAUCCAUUCCCCUCCUCAAGCAAUAGAUGAUCAAACAAUUAACCUCAUAUUAUUUACUUUACUCACUACUGUAGGGAAUCCGCAAGACUAGUAGACAUGUUGGUAUGUACCAUUUUAAAAAUUGACAAAUAGAUUGUUGGAAUUAGCAUACUCCUUCACCAAAAGAUACACAUGUUAACAUGCUGCAUUAAAAAAGUUUAUAUACAGGUUGUUGGAAUUAGAAAACUCCAGCUUUACCAAAAGAAACACAUGUUGGUAACAUUGAAGAAAAUUAUGCACAGGUUACUGGAAUUAGAUUACGCUAGUUUCUGUCAAAUCCUAUUAGUUAGAUUCACAAUAGAUUAUUUUAUUGUCAGCAAAUUUGCUCUCCUUUGCAGGACCAGGAAUCUGAUGUAACAUUAUCUAAAACCAGACCCUUGUUAAUUUACCAGUUGUCAAUAUUCCCUGUCGUGUACCAAGGAGAUGCAGAACCACCAAUGUCGGCAGGUGGUGCCCAGCAAGGGCCUUGAGCCGAAUUUCCUACUACACUCUGUUGCUGCAGCCCGGCGAGCCAACUUGAUGCAGAGGAGGGCGCCAUGGACUGCGGUGGUCGUGAAGGGAUCCAAUGACCUGGUCCGUGCGUGGAAGUGAAGGCCGAUGGCAAGAAAGGAUGGGGCGGACGCUGGACAAGAUGAGGCGGCCGCGGCGGGACGGACUGAGGCGCCAACGGAGGGACAGACGGGGGCACCGACGGAGGGACGGGCUGAGGCGCCGGCGCGCGCGUCCUCUUGGAGUGCUGACCCAUCUCGUGGUGCCGGUGGCAAUUCUAGGGUUCGGCGAUUUGGGGAUAUUCGAUUUGGCACAAAAUACACGAUUUGGGGCGAGGCAAAGGGCGCGGCAGUGGAGGAGAAGUGCGGGGGGCGAGGGAGAAGCGCGGGAGGAGCACCGGAUCGGGAGCGCCGGCCCUAGCGCUCGCUCUGGGCUGCAAGCCGGCUAUUCUUUUUCGUUUGUUGCGAUUUCGCCGGGCGUUUCAUGAGUCGCCCGCUACCUCCCUUCUCUCCUCGUUAUGUGGAAUUUUGGUGACGUGUACUGCGUUAUAGCCUGAUGAGUGGGACUAUUGUACCUGCUCUAAGAAGCAGUCUGGGCUGGUGGGGGUUAGCAUCUAUCCCGAUGCGUGUAUCCGACGGCUGCAUGCGGGUGGAGCAGCGGAUCCACCAAGCCGUCGGACUUUUUCGGGGCAAGCCGCGUCCAUGCUGCUGAAGGCUGUGUCUCCUCGUGAUUCUAUUGUAGCCUCUCCAUAUUCCAAGACCAAUAACGGCAGAGGAGAAGCCGAGGAGAACCCUUCGAAGACCAAUAAAGGUUCAUCUUCCUCCCGUGGGCAAGUGCCUUUUUCGCCAAGUGUGUGCGCGCGCGCGUGCUCCUCUUGGUCACAGCAAACAAAGAGUGCUACGGUUUAUAGUCCCAGCGGAGAGACGAAGAUUAAAGGGCAAAUCUCCCUUCCACCUGCGCCUUCCCCCCUGGGUCUUCGCGGGACCGUAGACCAGCAGAUGUACUCUAGGAACACCUUGCCUUCGUUCUGAUCCAUCCUCGGCUCUAGGUUUGGUUCUUCCAGGACACGGUGAUUGCAGGAUUUGGGAUUCCAACCAAGACCUAAGGGUUCUGGGCAUUCAGUUCCUUUCGACCGGUACUGCAUUCCUUUGUUCGGGCCAAGAAGACUUGCUGCAGCUAGCUUAGACAAAGGAGUGACACUUCUAUAAUUAAUUUCCUACAGGAAUAAGCUGCAGUUUUCCCCCUCUUACUGACAUUACUAGGCACGAGAUGAGCAAAUCUUGUGAGUGCUGCAAGAGAUACUGGACUCAUUUACAUGGCAAGGUCAAGUGUUUCGUUGGCAAGAUGAACAGGAAUUCUAGACAUGUCAUGGUCAUACCAGAGAGCUUUGUGAACUACUCCCCACGGAAGAUCUCAGGAGCCAUCAAACUAGAAGCGCCUAAUGGUAGUGUAUACGAUGUUGGAAUUACUGAGCACCAGAAUAAAACGUUACUCAGAUCUGGAUGGGAGGCGUUUGUCGAUGCCAAUCACAUAGUAGAGAAUGACUUAUUGAUGUUCCAAUACCGUGGAAAUUCUCGCUUUAAGGUUAUUGUCUUUGAUUCUAGUGGUUGUGAGAAAGUGGUGUCAUGUGCUCACAUAGAGAGCAAUAUUAGUGAUCAAGAACCAAGCACAAAUUCUACAGACAUGUCAAGCAGUUCCAGUGAUCACAAUAUUCAGUCGUCAGCAUGUGGAAGAUCAGAUGGAGGCCAGAGUGGAAGCUCAGGCCAUUGUAGAAAACGUGCAAGGAAAGAUGCGAUAUCUUCUCCAUCUAAGGAUUUGUCAGGAGAAGAAAGUCCUUGUGAGCAUGAGUCUUCUGAGUCAGACGAUGACACACUCUCAAAGUCUUAUGUCUUAUCAGGCCAGUGCUAUUUAACAAAAGAGCAGGAUGCAGAAAUAGUUGCACUUGUCCAGGAAAUUCAACCUGAAAGGCCUCCUCUUGUGGCUAUGAUGAAGCCCAAUAUGAAACCAUAUCCUGACCUGGUGAUUCCUAAGGAUUAUGCACUCGCACACUUUCCACACAAAAAUCAGACAAUCACACUCCAGAUUCCUGGACAGACCAAGAAGUGGCACUGUCAGUUCCGUGUCAGAUCUGAUGGAGGUCGUUGCAAUCUUUUUGGUUGUGACUUCGCAGGUGACAACCAUUUACUAGAGGGCGAUCUGUGCCUCUUUCAACCGACAACACGAGCCAAUGGAAGAACAUUCAAAGUGGCAGUCCAUCUGCUCCGCAAAGCGAGUAAUGAUCACACCUCUAGAAAUCUUGUUAUUGGCUCAAACCGUGGUUUGGCAAACUCAAAGUUGGCUUCAACCAUGCGUGUUAAGGAGGAACCGGAUGUCGGAGAAGCAACCUUAUAUUCGGAACAUGGAUUUAGUGAGAAUUCUCUCGAGCAUGAUGGUUCAGAAAGCUCUGAGCUCCCCUACAUGAUGCCAAUGGGUCCCCGUCUAACAAAAUCGCAGGAGAAGAAAGUUUUGGAGAAACUUGGAACAAUUCGGUCAGAAUUGCCCAUUUACGUCGCAGUCAUGAAGAAGACCAAUCUCACUGGCCAGAGCUUUGCCUCGUCGCUAACCUUUGGCAAGCAAUACUCUGCUACAUACCUUCGAAAGGGGAGCCGUAAUUUAGUACUUCAGCGCAAGGGGAAGAGCCAGACAUGGCAUGCUGAGAUGCGUGACAGGGACGGCGGCGGCUUGCGGAUAUUUGGAGGCUGGACUUCUUUCGCUUGCGACAACCGCCUGCGGGAGGGGGACCUCUGCCUCUUCCAGCUGAUGAAACACAAGGAGCAACUGACGAUGAUAGUCGACAUCAUUCUCCGCGAGCAUUGUUAGUUCCUCGAAUUGUAUUGACAACUGACAGACAGGUAUCUCUUUUUGUUGUACUGAGAUUUUACAUAUCGAUGGUGCUCUGCUGCUUCUAUGGUCGGAAGUGGAAACUAUGGGAGCAUGGCCAGGCUCUGUGAGUGAUGAAGAAUUUUAUCUGUAUGGUCAACUAGUAACGAAAGUUUAAACAACUUGUUAUUUCUUAACUUCAGCGUGGUAGCGUUAUUUUGUAUACUGAAAUUUAAACAAGCUGUGAUUAGGAAAUCUUUUUUUUUACAGCA